AUGUGUUCAAGUUUUACCACUCUUGCAGUCAAUGUUUCGUUCAAGGUGGAGUAUAAGUGCCCAUAUGGCCAAAGCUUAACCCUGGUCGGCGAUACGGCGCCAUUGGGCAAUUGGUCGGCUAAAAGGGGACAACGCAUGCAUUGGAGCCGCGGCGACACAUGGUCAUGCAACGUGAUGCUUCCAGCGGGGUCCACAGUGGAGUGCAAGUAUGUGGUCGUGGACGAGCAAGGAAAAGAGCAGCGAUGGCAGGAGGGCAGCAACAUGGUCGUUGAGGUC